AUAUAUAAUACACACUUUUUAGGAUUCUUAUUUUAAAAAGCAAUGAUGAUUCAUAGUAAAAAGCUUAGUGGCGCAGAAAACCGAAAACGAACCCAUGCAAAAAAUGAAGCUCAAGCAAAAAUACUUUUAAAGACUGCUAAGUUAGAAACAUAUUUUAGCUUUACAGAUAAACAGCUUCACACAUCGCCGGUUGAAAAUGUAAAUAAUACAAGCGAUGAAAAUGAUCACAGCUUUAUUGUUAAUGAGAAUAACCUAUCAAAUCCAGACGAUUUAAUAUUAAUAUUAUCAAGUAAGAGCUGUAUUGAAACUAGUAAAACUCUAUUGACUCCAGAAUCCAAAGAACUAAAUGAAACACCCUGUUUGUCCAUGCACGAACAUAACAAGCCCGAAUGUUUAUUAAACCAAAAUGAUCACAGAUUCACUGUUAAUAAAGAUAAUCUAACAAAUCCAGACAAUCUUAUAUUACUAAAUAACAGCAGCACAGAAACGAGUAAAACUCUAUUGUCUACAGAAUCGGAAGAAAUAAAUGAUACACCACGUUUGCCAAUGGUUGAACAUAACAGUCUUCCUAAACAAAGUAUUGUUCCUGAAAAUGAUCCUGCCAAUUGGAUAAAAAAUCAAGAAACGAUAGAUUAUUUAUCAAUCAAUGGAUUUAACCAAAAUUUAGAGAACAAUAAUUUCCAAAAGUCAAAAAGAAUUUACACUCAAAUAAUUGGUGGGGUAAGACGUACUCGUUUUCGAUAUAUGUCAAAAAGUAUAUUUAUAUCUACUCUUGUUAAUGGUGAAAAAAUUAACCGAACAUUUUUGAUUUACUCAGAAAGUAAAAGAUCAAUAUUUUGUGCUCCCUGCUAUUUAUUUGGUGGCACUACAUUGUUUGCCACAGUUGGUUUUUCAGAUUGGAAAAAAGGAGAAGAAAAAAUCAAGCGUCAUGAAAAUUCACAACACCACAAAUUGUGUGUAAUGAAUAUGAAAGAAAGAAAAGAAGUGUUAAAUCGAGUUGAUCAAAAGCUAAAGUAUCAAGUAGAAACAGAAAUAAAUUAUUGGAAAAAUGUAUUGAUAAGAGUUGUAGCUGUUGUGAAAUCCCUUUCUUCUCGUGGAAUGUCUUUUAGAGGCGAUGAUGACCGUUUUGGAUCUGUUCAUAAUGGGAACUUUAUGAUGAGCUUAGAGCUUAUUGCUCAGUUUGAUCCUUUUUUAGCACAACACAUUGAGAAGUUUGGAAAUAAAGGAAAAGGUUCAACAUCAUACCUAUCAUUUAAUAUAUAUGAGCAGUUCAUAAGUAUAAUGGCAGAUAAUGUUAUUCAACAAAUGGUGAAAGAAAUAAAGGAAGCUAAAUACUUUUCCAUCAGUAUUGAUUCUACUCCUGACAUUAGCCAUGCAGAUCAACUGUCAUUCAUUUUUCGGUAUGUUCAAAAGAAUGGCUGUCCGGUAGAAAGAUUUUUAGGGUUUUUACCUAAUUCUGGUCAUAAAUCUGAAGAAUUAGCAGAUGCUGUAUUUUUAGUUUUAGAAUCGCAUGGAUUAGAUAUUAAUAAUUGUCGUGGUCAAAGUUACGACAAUGCGUCUAAUAUGUCUGGUAGAUACACAGGACUUCAAGCUCGCAUUAAAAAAGUUAAUCCUUUAGCAACAUUUGUACCAUGCUCGGCCCACUCUUUAAAUCUUGUUGGUGAGUGCGCUGUGGACUGUUGUAUUUAUGCUUCUGAAUUUUUUAUUCUGCUUCAAAAUAUUUAUAAAUUUUUCAGUGCCUCUACUUAUAGAUGGGAAAUACUUCAGAAGAAUUUGAUUAAAACAGAAAAUGUAUCUCUUAAAAAACUAUCAGAUACCAGAUGGUCAGCAAGAUCUGAUGCAAGUAUUAGUUUAAACAAAAAUUGGAUUGAAAUAAUUAAUGCACUGUCUUUUAUCAAAGAUGAUAAAACAGAAAAAUCUAUUACAAGAUCAGAAGCUAACGGGCUAUAUUUAAAACUGGAUAGUCUUGAAACAGCUAUAAUGGCCACAUUAUGGGGCGAUAUACUAGAGAGAUUCAACAAAACUAGCAAACAAUUGCAGUCAGUUGAGAUUGAUUUAGAAACAGUUGUAAGUUUAUACGAAUCUUUAAUUCGAUAUGUAUUAGAUUUAAGGAGUAUGUUUGAUAUCUAUGAAGAGAGAGCAAUAAACAUAUCGAAAAAUACGCACACAAAACAUAUCGAAAAAUACGCAAUAACAUACGAAUAACACAAAACAUAUCGAAAAAUACGCAAAAGAAAAAGAAAACUAACUGCAGAUGAAAAAAGAGAAGAAGAAACAAAUUUUAAAAUUCGAGACUCUUUAAGAAUUAAUACAUAUUAUGCUAUAAUUGAUAAACUUCAUUCUGAACUAGAAAGAAGAAAAUU